CUGAGGCAGAAGAUGGGGGUCAUGUCACAGACAAUAUGCCCACGUUCACGGGCUCCUUCUGUUGAGGACUUAAAGGCCCAAAAUGCAGUCAAAGAAGAGAAGAUGCACAUGAAGAGAGAAAUCUCUCUCGUCAAUGGGGUCUGCCUCAUCGUGGGCAACAUGAUCGGCUCUGGGAUCUUUAUCUCACCUAAGGGUGUGCUCAUGCACUGUGGCUCAUACGGACUGUCGCUGCUGAUCUGGGCCCUCGGAGGUGUCUUCUCAGUGUUCGGGGCUCUGUGCUACGCCGAGCUCGGCACCACCAUCACCAAGUCCGGAGCCAGCUACGCCUACAUCCUGGAGUCUUUCGGUGGGUUCCCGGCCUUCAUCCGCCUGUGGACGUCCAUCCUGCUGAUCGAGCCUGCCAGCCAGGCCGUGAUUUCACUCACCUUCGCCAACUACCUGGUGGAGGCUUUCUACCCAACCUGCCAGGCGCCGUACCAUGCUAUCCGCCUCAUAGCAGCAGCCUGCCUCUGUAUGCUCAUUUUUGUGAACUGUGCCUAUGUGAAGUGGGGGACUCUGAUCCAGGACAUCUUCACUUACGCCAAACUCAUGGCACUCAUCCUCAUCAUCAUUGUAGGAAUCCUGAAACUAUCCACUGGAGAAUCAAAAAGCUUCGAUCGUCCUUUUGAGGGCUCCGCCACGGAUCCUGGGCCGAUAGCUUUGGCCCUCUACUCGGCUCUGUUCUCCUACUCCGGCUGGGACACACUGAACUUUGUGACUGAGGAAAUUCAGAAUCCAGAAAGAAAUCUGCCCCUGGCCAUUGCCAUCUCUAUGCCCAUCGUGACCAUCAUCUACCUGCUGACCAACGUGGCGUACUACGUGGUCCUGGACAUGCCAUCUCUGUUGUCCAGUGACGCCGUGGCUGUGACCUUCGGGAAUGCAGCACUGGGGCCAUUCAAGUGGAUCAUUCCUGUGUCAGUGGCCAUGUCCUGCUACGGUGGACUCAAUGCUUCUAUCAUCGCUGCCUCGAGGUUGUUUUUCGUUGGAGCCAGAGAAGGCCACCUCCCCAACAGUCUGAGUCUGAUCCACCUGGAGCGUUACACACCCAUACCUGCGCUGCUCUUCAAUGGGUUGAUGGGCCUGAUCUUUCUGUGUGUGGAGGACGUGUUCCAGCUCAUCAACUACUUCAGCUUCAGUUACUGGCUCUAUGUGGGUCUGUCUGUGGCCGGCCUCAUUUACCUGCGCGUCACUCAGCCUGACCGACACAGGCCAGUCAAGUUGAGCCUGUUCUUCCCCUUCAUCUACUGCCUGUGCAGCCUGUUCUUAGUCAUUGUUCCUCUGUACGGAGACACCAUCAACUCUCUAAUAGGGAUUGGUAUUGCGCUCUCUGGUGUGCCUGUUUACUAUGUGGUCAUUUACCUGCCUGAGGACAAGAGGCCCAAGUUCAUACAGAAAUUAAAUGCGUUUGCCACCAGAUGCACCCAGACUCUUCUCUACUGCUGCCUGACAGAAGUCCACACAGAGACAGAAACACAGGCAGGCGCUAAAGCGCAGUGA